AUGGACCUAACACUAAUUUCAGUAGUAGCUGCAGUUGCUUUGAGCUUUUUGAACAUUCAUCUCGUGAGUGCCCAAGACUACAUAAAUUUAGCGAAUAAUUCACAGCCGGAUGUGAAUAAGAAUCGAAGAAAUUCAGAGAAAAUCCUUUCUCGUAAACGUAGAUAUCUAAUUUUUCCUGAAGGAAGUUCACUUCAACUCGUAUUCGAUGAAAUUAUUCCAAUUGUCGAUUACAACAAUUGGCUCAUCCUCGGAGUCACGGUGGCUUUGGCUUGGGAAUUGCCGAGUAAACCUCCUAGUGAACAACUGGAAGAAAUCCGUGACAAACUAAACGAUGGAACACUGUUCCUGCGAAAAGAUGAAAACGUGAAUGAUCUGCAAUACGUCGAUAAGCCGAAAGAACCGCAAAAUCUUUUAAGGCCAUCAUCAUAUACACCCAGUCAGAAUUACUUUUAUAGUGAAGGUCGAAGAUGGGAUAGUGGUUUCCAAUCGAAAAAUAGUUUUCCUAGUGCCAGUUACUAUCCGAAAAGUUCAGGACGAUAUCCUACAUCGUUCUCCCAAGAUUACAGAGGAUACGUAUUCAAAACUAAUCCUAACAACUAUGCUGGAUCAUACAAGAGAGUACAGUGGCCGCAGUCGCAAAAGAUACCAUUUUGGGAGGAUUUAGGCAGAAGAAAAUCACCUUCGCCGCCAUUAACAUAUCCCCAAAAAACUUAUCCCCAACAAACGUAUCCUCAAAGAACGUAUCCUCAAAGAACGUAUCCCCAAAAAACGUAUCCACAAAAGACCUAUCCACAAAACACGUAUCCCCAAAAAACGUAUCCAAACAUAGUUUAUCCAUCCAACAGCAAUCGACGCCAUCACAUAUAUCCAGUUUUCGGCAAGAGAAGUAUUCGUAGUGCUUCGUUAACAAAAGAUGAAAUAUUGCAUUUGGAAUACCAUCGAAAAUCUCGUCACCAACUUUACAGUAAAAUUGAAAAAUAUUUCAUUUCGCAAGGUAAACAUGGCCAGCAGUGCGUACUAAAGCUUUUAUGCGAAACUGGACAAAAGCGAAAUGAGACUGAACCCGGUAGUUUCCUUGGUGAAAUAAUGCGAGCAAUUUUCACUUUUCCGGAAGGGCAUGCGGACCUGCGAAAUUCGAAGUAUGAAAAGUAUGAACAAGCGCAUGGGCACGAAGGAAACUGUACAGAUCAGUAUCCUAAUUGCCCUCAUACCUUCUGGUUUAAUAAUAUGUAAUUGGAAAA